AUGUCGAACUCUCGCAGCCGCUUCAAACAACUGCUAAGAGCUGCAGAGACAGAUUUGGCGUUGCUGACGCGAGCUGUAUGUACACUGCGAGCAGCGAAGAGCAGCAGCAGCAGCAGCAGCAGCUACACCUCCCUGCAGCAGCAGCAGCAGCUGCAGCAGCGCCCCAGCAGCAGCAGCAGCAGCAGCAACGCCGACGCAGAGCCCUCCUGGACUGUCGACUCGCCGCGCUCUGGCUCAACUGCUGCUUCUCUCCACAGCAGCAGCAGCAGCAGCAGCAGCACUGACCCUGACAAGCUGCUGGAGAUUCGGCGCCGCAUAGCAGCAAACUUGGACGCAGCGGAGCUGCUGCUGCCUUCCAUCCGGCCUGCUGCAGCAGGAGCAGCAGGAGGAGCAGCAGCAGCGCAAGGCGCAGCAGCAGCAGCAGCAGCACGGGCGCAGGUGAGGCACUUUUCAGAUUUGCUGCUGGCAGCAAGGCGGGAGUUUGCUGCUGUUGACGCGACGCUGGAGCAGCACAUAGAGCGGCUGUCGCUGCUGCGCAGCAGCAGCAGCAGCAGCAGCAGCAGCAGCAGCGCAGCAGCAGGAGAAGACGAAGAUGCUGCUGCUCUCAAAUUGAAUUUCAACAAAGAAAGUUUUUGCUGCAGCACGAACAAACGCUGCAGCAGCUCGAAGCAAAGUGCAACGCCGAGUGGCAGCAGAACA